UCGAAUAUUACCCCUUCUUGAAAAUAUUACGGAUGCAUGGUGUUACAUAGGACAUAAACCCCUCAUUAUGCUGCUUGUUCUUUCUUCUCGACCAAUUCUCAACUUUACCGCCCAUACAAAGGCACGGAUUCUUAAGUAGUUCCCAUCGAAUUGAUAAGGGUCUGGUCCCUUUUUCGCGAAACAAGAAAGUGUUGAAACAUCCUCAGCCACAUCUUACGGAAAACACCGACAACAUUGUUGAAAAGGUUGGAGUGGAAGAUAUCAUGGGUCCCACUGGUCCUCCCCUUGGAGCAGCAAUAAUGUCAUCAGGACGACCUAAAUUCGAAAAUGGCAUGCCAGGUCCAGGUCCGGGUCCUAGACCACAGAAUCUAAGCACAUCUCGACGUGCUCCUCCCCUUCGGCAUGCUCAGUCGAACUCUUCGCUAUCUUCCAAAGUCCCGCCAUCGCAAGGGCAAGUUGUCGCCUUAGUACGGGAAUCUAUGAACAAGGCUUUGGAGGAAAAUAUAGUGAAAGCUGCAGAGUCGAGCGCCGUCAGCAACGAGCUGAUGCCAGGAGUCACGAUUGAUUUGAGCCAUAGACGUAUACAACGAUUUCCAGAAGAGGUUGUCGACAUCAUAAAAGUCGAACUCGUACGACUUGCAUUAUCCCACAAUGAGAUCCAAACAUUCCCCUCCAGGUUCGCAGAAUGUACCUCGUUACGAUAUCUCAAUCUUCGAAACAAUAUCAUUCGAGAAUUCCCACCAGCAAUAUGCCAGUUAAACUCUCUCGAAAUUCUCGACCUUGGACGAAAUAAACUACGGACGUUGCCACCAGGCAUUAUAAAUUUGACAUCAUUGAAGGUUUUGUCCGUUCAAAGAAACAGGAUCGAGGAACUUCCUUUAUGUGUGGCAGACAUGACAACUCUACAAGUCCUGAAAUUGGAUGGGAAUCCCCUGAGAUUUCCACCUAAAGAGAUCUUUCAAGCGCAAGCUUUGAACUCCCCUAGUGGCGGUCCCCUCCAAGAAGGCGACAUGGACGAAGUUGCUAUCACAGCACAGGUCAAAAGAUUCUUGAAGUCCAGAGCCGUGGGUCGACCCGAAACCGAAUCUGGCGGAGAAGAAUCGAGCGAGGGUACCGAGACUCCACGGCCUAUUAUGAAGCGUGUUGUGAGUGGUCGUUUUCCCAUAAAGGUCGACGGCGUUCCCCCAUCGCCAGCUCAACCUCGACCACCACCUAUACCUUCUAGAUCACACCAAAGAGGCUUCUCGCAACAAAACGCAGCGCUUCGGCGACCUGGCGUAAUGCCUCUCACAAUUGGAAGCACAAACGAAAGGGUUCGCAGUAACAGCGAGAGCCUCUUGCAGGCUAAUCGUGAUCGACCGGACCGCUCUUCAACGGAUCGCUCGCGACGAAUGGGUAUCGUUUCAAGGAAGGCAGCGGAGUUAGGGACGGUUGAUGAGACGAACAAAUCGAAUCGUUACAGUCUCCACAACAGGGGCCUCAGUCAUGGAUCUGCCAUGCAGGGUAAUGGUACUGGGUCUCAUGGCAAUACGAUUAGUCCAGCAAGUCCGGCAGAUUCGGCGGGCCAGAGAGCUACCUACGUCCGACGCUUAUCAAGCUUACCGGAACGCAAACGAGAAUCUACUUCCCCAGAUCCUAUUAUUGAAGGGGCUAAAGGUGUAUUGUACGCUUUGUUUCAAGUCCAUCCUCUUAUCGAAACCUUGAUUGGCCUGGUUCGGAAUCCUGGCGAGAAGAAGUCCACUUUGGAGAGGGUAUUUUACAACGCCAAAACACAUGUGGAAGAGCUAGAUCAGGAUGUUCAACGUUAUGAUUCUUACUCGGAGGAAGAUGAGGAAGCUUCUCCUCGGUCCAACGAGAACGUGAAACGUGCCUGUCUAACUUGUGUUGGUGCAUACAUUCACGUAUGUGCUCAAUUAUCACAAAAUGUCGAGAUUCUUCUCAUUAAUGGCGAUCCUCGAUACAUUCGGACCCUACUACUUCAAUUAUACGGAAGCGUAGCAGAAGUGCGAAAUGCUGGCGCGAGCUUGUUUCCUCCUGGACAAAGUCGAUCUGGUAGACACCUAGGAAGUAAUCACGAGGUAGGAUAUCCAAUCAGAGAUAAAUCAGUCACUCCGACACGAGAGAGGCCUGGCACGAACUUUAGAUCGAGAAGUGCGACUGUAAUUCAACAUUCAAAUAAUCUACGAGUAGCGAUAGAUGCUCCCCCAUCAUUUGUCAGUGGAAAUGGGCGUUCCGCAACUAUGACAAGCGCUACUCCACGCUCUGGAGAAUCGUUUGGUUCAACAGGAACCAGUGGGCGUCUAGUGGGAGACUUUACUGAGGAGGAUAAAAUCUUUGAGAAGAUCUUUCUUCGUCUACAGCAAACGUCAGAAAUGGCUCUCAAAACUCUUCCAAAUGUUAACGCCCAUUUCGUCGGAUCCAUGCAAAAGAGUGCGAUUUCAAGUAAUGCAGACCAUGGUAAACAAUACUGGCAAGUGUUAAUACACAAAUGCACGCACGCGUUAUACAUAGCGGAUGCGCUUAAAUCUCGUCUAUCACAAAUUAAAUUGAAGGACCCUGAUAUCAGAGAGCAAAAGGGUUUCUGGGAGAUAUGCUGGGCGAUGGUAGAUUCAUAUCUCGACUUAGUUACCAAAGUCAGGGAAGUGAAAGGCGUAAUCAGCUUCAUCCCGACUGAAAUUAUUAUUCUUCUUAGACCUCUUCAAAAGGCCAUCAAGGAAACAGGCUCAAUGAUUACAGCAUCACCGUGGGGGUUUUUGGCAAAUAGACAAGCAAAUGGUGGUUCGAAUGGCUCGUAUACAACGCAAUCACCUGCCUCCCAAGUCCCCUUACCGAUGACUCCCCAGAGUGCAGCAUUGGGACCAGCGGUUCAGGCAACUGUUCCAUCUACUCCACAGAGUGUCUCUUUUGGUGCAAUGUUUAAUGGCAAUGUUUAUGAGCGCGCAGAUACUUACUUGUCGAAUGGAUCAAGAACUGGUACCAUGUCUUCUCAGCUAGGUGUUAAUGAUGGACCGACUAUUAUGUUGAGCCCGUCGCAUUAUAUGAAUAAUCGGUUUAACAGUAAUGGGAAAGUCGCCUAUUGAAACUGAGGGUUAUUCCAUGAGUUAUACCUUUGGGUAUUUCAAUAUCGGAUGAGACGCACUAUCCUGUUUGUCUCUGGCCAGUUUGUUUGGUAUCGGAAUAUCGGCGGGACUCUUCUAUCGGGCAUAUAAAGUUUAAAGUUUGAAAUGAAUGAAUGGGGCGAGAAAUGAGAGCAUGGAUUUUCAUAUUUAGCGUGAAUAAUACGGAAGGAAAGGAAUGGGAUGGGAUGAAGUCAUUGAAGGCAAUUUUUCAAUCAUAGCAUAUACCACUGUCAUUAGCGUUUUGAUCAUUUAAAGAGUUUUGAUUAUUUUUGGUAACUUUUGGGGGAAUGUAUGGAUUAGAUGUUGGCGUGUUUUAUACGAUGGAUGUAUGGAUGGGUGUAGGAAUACUGGAAUUCGAGGGGCGUUAUUGAUUGGGUGCAUGGUUUGGUGCUCUGGGGGUUGUUGGGUUUGAGUUUUAGUUUUAGCGCGGAGAUUGAUUUGUAGGGUGAGAGAUGUUGUAUGUUAGAUGUUUUGAUAGGAGAGUGUGGGUUUGUGGUCAAGAGGAGGAUAUAAAGAGGAAAGAGGAAAGAGCAGAAAAGGGAAGUGAAUAUGGGAAUGUGGAUUUGGGGUGUAGGGUGCGGGGUAGAAGGACGGUAUGUACUGGGUUAGAGGAAUUUGGCAUGGAUGGAUUGGGAUUAAACAAUUCAAUUUGACACUUUCAUAUUCACGGUGAAAGAUAGAGGAGGAUGAUGAAGCGGAAUGGGUUACAGAAGGGUAUGCGAUGGAAGUCGUUCUCCAGAGGUAGUGGAGCAGUGGGGUUAGAUGGAUUGAAUGAUUGAGAUGAGAUAAAUAGAGAAGGAGAAGGAGAAUAGAUAUGUAUCUAGGAUUAUCAGUUCAUGCAGUCAGUAUAAAUAUACGAAUACGAUUAUUGAAUGAAUAAAUGAGGAAUGAGA